UGCCUGUUUCCCAGAGUAAUUCACGCCAUGGAGCCAGGCCACCUCUUGUUGACUUUGCUGUUAAUGCAAUCCUUGUGGCCCCAACUGACUGACGGGGCUACUCGAGUCUACUACCUGGGCAUCCGGGACGUGCAGUGGAACUAUGCCCCCAAGGGAAGGAAUGUCAUCAUGAACCAGCCUCUGGACAGUGACACAGUGGCUUCCAGCUUCCUAAAGUCUGACAAGAACCGGAUAGGGAGAAGAUACAAGAAGACCAUUUAUAAGGAAUAUAGGGACAACUCAUACAUGGAUGAAGUGGCCCAGCCUGCCUGGUUGGGCUUCCUGGGGCCAGUUUUGCAGGCUGAGGUGGGGGAUGUCAUCCUUAUACACCUGAAGAAUUUUGCCACUCGUCCCUAUACCAUCCACCCCCAUGGUGUUUUCUAUGAGAAGGACUCAGAAGGCUCCCUAUACCCAGAUGGCUCCUCUGGGUGGCUGAAAGCUGAUGACUCUGUUCCCCCGGGGGGCAGCCAUAUCUAUAACUGGACCAUUCCAGAAAGCCAUGCACCCACUGAUGCUGACCCAGCAUGCCUCACCUGGAUCUACCAUUCUCAUGUUGAUGCUCCACGAGACAUUGCAACUGGCCUCAUCGGACCCCUCAUCACCUGUAAAAGAGGAGCCCUGGAUGGGAACUCCCCUCCUCAGAGGCAGGACGUGGACCAUCAUUUCUUCCUGCUCUUCAGUGUGGUAGAUGAGAACCUUAGCUGGCAUCUUGAUGAGAACAUUGCCUCUUACUGCUCAGACCCUGCCUCAGUGGACAAAGAAGAUGAGGACUUUCAGGAGAGCAACAGGAUGCACGCAAUCAAUGGCUUUGUCUUUGGGAACUUACCAGAGCUGAGCAUGUGUGCACAGAAGCGUGUAGCCUGGCACUUGUUUGGCAUGGGCAAUGAAGUUGAUGUUCACACAGCUUUCUUCCAUGGACAGAUGCUGACCACCCGUGGACACCGCACUGAUGUGGCUCACAUCUUUCCAGCCACUUUUGUGACUGCUGAGAUGGUACCCCAGGAGCCUGGCACCUGGUUAAUUAGCUGUCAAGUGAACAGUCACUUGCAAGAUGGCAUGCAGGCACUCUACAAGGUCCAGUCUUGCUCCAUGGCCCCUCCUGUGGACCUGCUUACAGGCAAAGUUCGGCAGUACUUCAUUGAGGCUCAUGAGAUUCGAUGGGAUUAUGGCCCAGUGGGGUAUGAUGGGAGUACUGGGAAGAGUUUAAGAGAGCCAGACAGUGGCUCAUACAAGUUCUUCCAGAAGAGUUCCAGCCGAAUUGGGGGCACUUACUGGAAAGUCCGAUAUGAAGCCUUCCAAGAUGAGACAUUCCAGGAGAAGGUGCAGCUGGAGGAAGAUAAGCAUCUUGGAAUCCUGGGGCCAGUGAUCCGGGCUGAGGUAGGUGACACCAUCCAGGUGAUCUUCUACAACCGUGCCUCACAGCCAUUCAGCAUGCAGCCUCAUGGUGUCUUUUAUGAAAAAGACUACGAGGGCACUGUGUACAAUGACGGUUCAUCCCACCCAGGCUUGGUGGCCAAACCCUUUGAGAAAGUAAUAUACCACUGGACAGUCCCCCCACACGCUGGUCCCACUGCUCAGGAUCCUGCCUGUGUCACCUGGAUGUACUUUUCUGCUGUGGAUCCCAUAAGAGAUACAAAUUCUGGCCUGGUGGGCCCCCUCCUGGUGUGCAAGGCUGGUGCCUUGGAUGCAGAUGGCAAGCAGAAAGGGGUGGAUAAAGAAUUCUUUCUCCUCUUCACUGUGUUGGAUGAGAACAAGAGCUGGUACAGCAGUGCCAAUCAAGCAGCUGCUAUGUUGGAUUCCCGACUGCUCUCAGAGGAUGUCAAGGGCUUCCAAGACUCCAACCGAAUGCAUGCCAUUAAUGGGUUUCUGUUCUCUAACCUGCCCAGGCUGGACAUGUGCAAGGGUGACACGGUGGUCUGGCACCUGCUUGGCCUGGGCACAGAGACAGACGUGCAUGGAGUCAUGUUCCAGGGCAACACUGUGCAGCUUCAGGGUAUGAGGAAGGGUGCAGCUAUGCUCUUUCCUCACACCUUUGUUACAGCCAUCAUGCAGCCUGACAACCCUGGGACAUUUGAGAUUUACUGCCAGGCGGGCAGCCAUCGAGAAGCAGGGAUGAAGGCAAUAUAUAAUGUCUCCCAGUGUCCCAGCCACCAAGCCACCCCUCGCCAGCGCUACCAAGGUGCAAGAAUCUACUACAUCAUGGCAGAAGAGGUGGAGUGGGACUAUUGCCCUGACAGGGACUGGGAACUGGAAUGGCACAACCAGUCUGAGAAGGACAGUUAUGGUCACAUUUUCCUGAGCAACAAGGAUGGACUCCUGGGUUCCAGAUACAAGAAAGCUGUAUUCAGGGAAUACACUGAUGGUACAUUCAGGAUCCCUCGGCCAAGGACUGGACCAGAGGAACACUUGGGAAUCUUGGGUCCACUUAUCAAAGGAGAGGUUGGAGAUAUCCUGAACGUGGUGUUCAAGAAUAAUGCCAGCCGCCCCUACUCUGUGCAUGCCCAUGGAGUACUAGAAUCUAGUACUGGCUGGCCACUGACUGCUGAGCCUGGUGAGGUGCUUACUUACCAAUGGAACAUCCCAGAAAGAUCUGGCCCUGGUCCAAAUGACUCUGCUUGUGUUUCCUGGAUCUAUUAUUCUGCAGUGGAUACUGUCAAGGACAUAUAUAGUGGCCUGGUGGGGCCCUUGGUCAUCUGCCGCAAGGGAAUCCUGAAGGCCCAUGGAGGACGGAGUGACAUGGACAGGGAAUUUGCCUUGUUAUUUUUGAUCUUUGAUGAGAACCUGUCUUGGUAUCUGGAGGAGAACAUCGCCACCCACAGGCCCAAGGAGUCAGGCCAUAUUAACCUGCAGGAUGAGACUUUCUUGGAGAGCAAUAAAAUGCAUGCCAUCAAUGGGAAACUCUAUGCCAACCUCAGGGGUCUUACCAUGUACCAAGGAGAACGAGUGGCUUGGUACAUGCUUGCCAUGGGCCAAGAUAUUGACAUACACACUGUCCACUUCCAUGCAGAGAGCUUCUUCUAUCGGAAUGGAGAGAGCUACCGGGCAGAUGUGGUGGAUCUGUUCCCAGGGACCUUUGAGGUUGUAGAGAUGGUGGCCAGCAACCCUGGGACAUGGCUGAUGCAUUGCCAUGUGACUGACCAUGUCCAUGCUGGCAUGGAGACUCUCUUCACUGUUUUGUCCCAAAAAGAACACUUAAGUACUAUCACCACCAUCCACAAAGAGACUGAAAAAGCAGUGAUACCCAGCGGCACUGGAGAAGGCAAUGUAAGGAUGCUGGGCAUGCAGAUCCCUGUGAAGGAUGUUGAGAUGCUGGCUUCUGUCUUGAUUGUUAUGGGUGUCAUCCUGCUGCUCAUUGUUCUGGCUCUUGGUGGUGUGGUCUGGUACCAGCAUCAGCAGAGAAAGCUACGGCGCAAUAGGAGGUCCAUCUUAGAUGACAGCUUCAAGCUUCUGUCUCUCAAGUAGUAACAGUUUGAGCCUGGCGAUUUCCUCAGCAACAACAUCUGGAAUGCAUUCCCAGCAGGCUAUGAACUAGCAGCUAACCCCACUGUCAAGGAGGCAUGGAUGGUGGAGAGGCAGAGGAGGAAAUCAAACUUACAUGAGUAUGGGUAUUUCUUCACUUAUUUAUUUACAUGGAAAUGAUAUGAUUUCACUUUUUCUUUAGUUUCUUUGCCCCACUUGGCCACUUGGGGCUAGAUGAAUCCCCUAGUAUCCUACAUCACAAAUUUCAACAGCUGGCCUAUGUCACCCUCUGACCCUUGGAAAGUCUGGAAAUUUCUAAACACUGAGCCUACUGACAAAGUAAAUACCAAAAGAAAAACUCAUUAAUUAGCUUUCUGCUGCUUUCCAGAAACUGAGGCCAAGUGAGCUGUGAAGAUAACCCACAUCUAAAUUAAAGAGUAAGAACAUGGUCAUGAUGGGAAAUUGGAGGUAGGGUAAGAACUGGGAAUCCAAGUUUAAUUUUGAUUGUCCUUGGCAGUGGACUACUUUGGAGAAGUGGGUGGAUGAUGGGUUGUUGCUUCCAUGAGCCUUUACAACCUCCAGAGCCAGAAGUUCUUGAGAAAAUCAGUCCUCCAACUUUUCACACAGGGGCACUAAAGGCGAUGUUGAAUGACCUCCCAUGUUUUAGACCACAAAUCCUGUUCAUUAAAGUACUUGUUAGAACACUGAAA